CUUCUUUCGGUAGUGUGUGUGUUUCAGUAAGACGUUAAUAAUUGGUGCACACCAAGACGUCACCAAGCCAAACAGGAAUAAGUCGCUGUUGUAACUCUCAGAAGACCCUAUUGUACUCCUCUCUAGUGCAUGUGGCCAAUAAGUCUGGAUCACAGACAUCCAGCAGUGAUUGGUCGUCAAGAAGAAUGUCCUGCUCAGCAACAGGGUGGGAGCUCUACUUUGAAACGGGCUAAGCUACAGCCAAUUAAAGAGGAAGAGGAAGAUCCACAGCCCACCCACAUUAAAAAGGAAGAGGAAGAACUCUCCAUCAGUCGGGAGGGACAGCAUCUUCUAGGGCCAGAGGAGGCUGAUCUCACCAGGUUGCCAACUGCUGGUGUCUCUGUGGUGACUGAAGACCCUGAAGACAAACCACCUGAGCCCUCACAGCUUCAUCAUAGUCCAAGUAAGGAGAUGAAAGAUGUGGAGCCACAGCUCUCCUACAUUAAAGAAGAAGAGGCAGAGUCACAGCCCCCCUAUGUUAAAGAGGAAGAGGAGCAGCCACUGCCCUCCCACAUUAAAGAAGAAGAUGUGGAGUCACAGCCCCCCUAUGUUGCAGAGGAAGAGGAGGAACCAAAGCCCACCCACAUUAAAGAGGAAGAGGUGGAACCACAGGCCCCCUAUGUUAAACAGGAAGAAGAAGAACUCUCAAUCACUCAGUACAAAGACCAUCUUCUAGGGCCAGAGGAGGAUGAUCUCACCAGGUUGCCACUGACUGGUGUCUCUGUGGUGAACGAAGACCAUGAAGACAAACCACCUGAGCUCUCACAGCUUCAUCAUAGUCCAAGUGAGGAGAUGAGAGAGGUGGAGCCUUCAUGCAGCAGCUCACUGCAACACAUGACAACAGAAGCUGAUGGAGACCUCUGUGGAGGAUCACAAGCAGACAACCUCUUAGCUCCACUGUCAGAUAGUGACGACACAACGUCACACUCUCCUGAAGAUGAAGACAGCGACUACAACCAAGAAUCUCUGAGCAGCGAUACAGUCUGUGAAGGUGAUAUGACGACUCUCACUGGCAACAAACACUCUAAAAGCUCUAAAAAGACAACAGGUAAACGUUUUAACUGCUCAGUUUCCAAUAAAAGAUUUUCUCGACGCAUGAGAACGCACACAGGAGAAAAAUCUUUUUGUUGUUCAUCCUGUGGUAAAAGCUUCACUUUAAAGACUAACAUGCAAUUACACAUGAGAACACACACGGGAGAAAAGCCUUUCAGUUGCUCAGACUGUGGUGAACGCUUCACUUACAAGUCAAGCAUGCAAUUACAUAUGAGAACACACACAGGAGAAAAACCCUUUAGUUGCUCAGACUGUGGUAAAUGCUUCACUUUAAAGACAAACAUGCAAACACACAUGAGAACACACACAGGAGAAAAACCGUUUAGUUGCUCAGACUGUGGUAAACGCUUCGCUUUCAAGGCAAACAUGCAAAGGCACAUGAUUAUGCACACAGGAGAAAAACCUUUUCGUUGUUCAGACUGUGGUAAACGCUUCACUGUAAAGAGUCACAUGCAAUUACACAUGAGAACGCACACAGGAGAAAAACCUUUUAGUUGCUCAGACUGUGGUAAACGCUUCACUCGGAAGACAAACAUGCAAUCACACAUGAGAACACACACAGGAGAAAAACCUUUUACUUGUUCAAACUGUGGUAAACACUUUGCUCAAAAGAGAAACAUGCGAUUACACAUGAAAAUACACACAGGAGAAAACCCUUUUAGUUGCACAGACUGCGGUAAACGCUUCAAGCGAAAGACAAACAUGCAAUCACACAUGAGAACACACACAGGAGAAAAACCUUUCAGUUGCGCAAAUUGUGGUGACACAUUUUCUUGGAAGUCCGCUUUGAAUAGACACAUGCAGGGUCACUGAUGCGCUACUGUUUGAUUUGCCUGACUUUCGUGCAGUCUCUGUGUUGUAAUAUGCUUUACAUGUGUCUUUCUUCAAUAAAUCCAUCUUGUUUUUAUUCAUGUGUAAAAGAAAGACAUGGUUACUGCAGUGGUUUCAUUUGUAGUUAAAGGUGUUCUAUUUGACUUUAUGCUGUCAUCACUAAAUGCUGUAACUUACUUCCAGAUUCGAUCAGGAAAGUAGUUAUUUGAUUCCUUUUACUGACUUGAGUUCUUACGAUUCACUCAUUGAGGUACGGACUGCUUUCAGGGAGGAUUUGAGUGUAAAUACUUAUUUUGCAGUGUUGAUUUGAUUUUGCUCAAACAAUUGUAUGUAGUAAAAGGGAAUCAUGAUAUUAUUUUGUUGAUAUUGUUAUAUUACAUAUUGAUGAAAUGUUCACAAAUAAAUUUAUUGAUACAAAUAUAUUUUUUCUUUUUCAAAACUUUUUGUCAGGUACUUUAUUCGGUUUAUAACCACUCCAUUCCAUUUUAUUCUGCUUAUCCGGGUCCGGGUCACGGGGGCAAAAUCUCAGUAGGGAUGUCCAGACUUCCUCAUCUCCGGUCACCUCUUCCAGUUUCACCGUGAGGACACCAAGGCAUUCCCAGGCCUGCUGCAGGGCUUAAAAGUAUUCUAGCACCGUGCCACAUGCGUUUGACGAUGAUUCAGAAGAAAAACACAAAAAAACUGGCCAGGCCCCUUCUUCAAACUGCGA